AUGAUACGCAAAAGAACAACACAGGUAUUCAUUGGAAAUGGCUCCAUCAAUAAAUCUUCAUACGAUCCAUACCGUCAUCUUGGUAAUUUCUAUUAUUUCUAUGAGGAUGAAUACGAUGUUAACACUGAUAAGGUUCCAGAAGGUCACCACUACUGUCGCCACUGCCCCCACAAAGAAGAGAACUACCCAAACUCCAAUUCAAUCUACUUUGUUAUUUUUUGUAAAGUGGGAGUUAAAAUGGCACUUAGUAAUUAUAAAAGAGAGGCAACAAACAGAAAAGUUGUUCAAAAAAAAAAUUCUACAAAUAUAGAGGUUGUACAAAAAAGAAAGAAGGGUAGACCAACAAAAAAAACAUCAAAACCCUGCUAUAAUUGUAAAACCUGGGCAUCACCCGAAUGGAGAAACGGUAAGGUUGAUGUUAAUAGUUUUACUAUAGAAGAGAUUUCUAGGGAGCAGCAUAGCAUCGGUAAACUACUAAACUACGACGAAGAAGACCAAGAUGAAGUACUAGAAUAUUAUAUAGAAGUAGAUUACGAAAGAGAAGACGACGACGAUGACGACAGUGAAGAAGAAGACGAUGAUGAUGAUUACGAUUACGAAGACGAAGACGAAUAA